AUGGUACAACAUUGUCGUCAGAUAGGCGAAGAGUUACACAAGGCUAUCGACCGGCUACAUGUGCGGGAAGGCCGCUCAAAGACUUUGGAAAGUAGUCGCGUCCUUUUUCAAGGUCUCUGGAACCAGCGCGAUCUCGUUUCUCUACAAACAAGGCUUGAGGCGCUAGAUAAGCGAAUUCGGUUGCAUGUUAAAUUCGUUAUUCAGAGUGAUUAUCACUCUGCACUGUCAGGAAAACUAGAUGUUCUGCAGAAGGCUCAAGAUGCCCUGGCCAUCAACUACGACGCCAAGUUGGACCAAAUUCGAGGCGAAAUACUCACUCUCGUAGCACAGGAUCGUACGAGCGAGGGCUCCACGCAGAUGGCGCAAUUAGCUAGUCUAAAGACCAAGUUUGACGCACUUGGAAAAGAGCAUAUGGCAUGCACUAAACAAACUGCUGUCAUAAGAAGUCUCUACUUUCCAGCACUGCGCAGACGAUGGGGUCAAAUCCCAAAAGCCGACAAAGCGUCGAACAUGUGGAUCUUCGACGCUUCGUUGACCCCGUUCACAACUUGGUUAGACAGCACGGAUAGAGAUGAUGCGCUCUUCUGCAUCACAGGAAGGGCAGGCAGCGGCAAAUCAACCCUGAUGAAAUUCGUCUCUGAACACCCUGGUACCUUGGAAUGUCUUCAAGGAUGGGCCGGCACGACUGAACUCUGCACAGCAAGCUACUACUUCUGGAAUCAAGGCUACGAAAUGCAAAAGAGCCAAAUGGGGCUAUUCCAAUCGCUUUUGUACCAGAUACUCAAAUCUUUACCCAGACUCAUCGAGGUGGUCUGUCCAAGUCGUCUCGAGCACGAGGAAUGGGAUGCAGAAGAACUGAAAGCUACAUUUGCCCGCCUGGCUAACCAGAAGGACUUGGAAGUCAAGUUCUGCUUCUUCAUCGACGGUUUGGACGAAUACAACGGGGCUGAAGAGGACGUUGUCAGCGCCCUGAAAUUUCUUUCUGCAUCCAAAGACAUCAAGAUCUGCGCUUCGACGCGGCCUCGCUCGGUUUUUGAGAAGUUCUUCAAUGACCAGUCACGCACGUUCGACAUCAAAGACUUUACCAAAAGGGAUAUGGGACGCCAUGUUAAGCGCCAACUCGCAGACAAUGAGAAUUUUCGACGUCUGGAGGAUGGCGACUUCACUUGCGGAACGAUGAUGAAGGAGAUUGCAGACCUUGCCCAAGGCGUAUGGUUAUGGGUCUUCCUUAUUACUCGUGACCUUGUGCAUGCAGUCAAUCGAGAUGAGGGUGUCGCAAUGUUAUGGAAGAUCGUCAACCUAUUUCCGGCAGAUCUGGAAGCCUACUUCGAGCGUAUUCUGAGAGCCGUCAAGCCACAGUAUCUUGAAGAGAUGUCGCAGAUCUUCUUGAUAACAGUCGACGAACUACAACCGCUCCCGCUUUACGCUUUCUCGCUAUUGGAAAGCGAACGUAAAAGCCUCAGCUAUGCCGCUAACGCCCCCGUGCGGCCUCUUCGUGACGAUGACUUGAAAAGCAAGUAUCCUAAGUGGAAGUCAUUGAUCCAGAACAGAUGCAGUGAUCUGCUUGUUGUGAAUAAUGAAGAACAUCCCCUCUUCCUUAGUCACCCAGUCGACUUCCUUCACCGGACCGUUCGCGACUUCUUACAGGACAAUUACUACUCGCAGCUACAAGCCAACCUGAAGGGCGAAUUCAGCUCCAUGUCCGCCUUAUGCAGAAUGUGUCUUGUCAUGCUGAAAUCACUUCCGGAUGUCGACUUCAAAGCACCACGUUCGAUCAACAAAGUCAUCGGACUAACGGACGAGCUACUCUAUUACGCAUAUGAGACGGAGCGGAGCGAUCAAACUCCCAUUUCGUCCCUGGUAAAGGUGCUGGACGAAGUAGAUCGCGUUAAUACUCACCACGCACGCGAUGUCAGAAAUCACUGGACGCACGCCCGGGACGAAGUCGGCGAACUAGGGCUUGAUGUUUAUCGAGAGGGUGACAAGUAUAAUUUUCUUGCACUAACCGUGCAAGCCCGUCUCGUCAAGUACGUUCGUGCAAAGUUGGACGCAAAUCCAAACAACGUACGCAAAGGCGGACGUCCGUUACUCGACUACGCGCUCCGCCCGCGUCGCAUUACACCCAUGAGUAUGCCCUACCACUCCAAACGCGAUGAUCCCAGUGUGAAUGUGGAUAUGGUACGGCUUCUCCUCGAACGUGAGGCGGAUCCUAAUCAGCCUGUUCAUCUGAAUGACGGCCAGUCAGUGUGGCAGCUCUUCCUUAUUUCGAUGUGCGAGGCCCUACUACGUGUCCGCAAGGGUGGUACAAAGCCUUCAGCGAGCCUUACGAGCGCUUGGUACCAAAGUUGCACACUGCUCAUUCAACAUGGAGCCCGAAGGAAUCCUCAUUUGUUCGAUAGCAGAUUGGAAGCUACGGAUGGUAGUGUCUUGAAAUAUCUCUUUGGGCCUGCUAGAGCAGAUGCUCUGAAAGCACUUCUCGCUGAGAAGGAGCGAGAGGAUGAGCAGGCAAAGAGAUCGUGUAUGGUUAUAGCGCGAAGAGUCAAGUGCGACGAAACCAAGCCUGUAUGCUCUCGCUGUCGCUCCACUGGUCGGACAUGCGAGGGCUACGGACUGUGGGGUGGCGGAGGGAACACCUACGUUGAAAGAUACGGCCUGGUGUCAACAUCGAUCCAGAAGCCUCCAACCAAAAUCUUGGGUGUCGAGGAACUCAGGUAUCUACAGUUAUACAGGAUCCGCAUCGUUCACACAACUUCCGGUUGGUUUGCUUCGAAGUUCUGGAACUCGAUCGUGCUACCAGCAGCGUCGUCAGAACCGGCUGUUCUCCAUGCUGCUGUUGCGCUGAGCGCUGCGCACAGAUGCAGUUUCGAUUCGGCACAAGCUCCGGAUGAGAGGGAAAAGUUCAUGCUUCAACAGUAUGGCAAAGCAAUCCAGUCGCUACAGCCGCUGUUGCGAUGUGGAGACAAAGCCUCAGUCACAAUCAUAUUGGUCACCUGUCAGUUAUUUACCUUACUUGAAUACCUCCGCGGGCAAUACCAAUUGGCCGAAUCACACUUACGGAACGGUCUAAAGGUCCUGAUGAACAUGACCACGAAGAAAGAUCGCUCGCACGAUGGCGUCCUCGUAAUCAAGCCGGCAUCAUAUGAAAAGAGCAUCGACCAAGGCAUCGUGCGCAGCUUCGCGACCCUACAUAUGCAAAAUAAUCUGUUCGGUUCCGGUCUGGAAGAUCUCGAUAUAUUCCUUCAGCCGAUGGAAAACACAAUACCAUACCCUACUUUUACGACUGUCGAGGAGGCGAAGGACACUCUUGAUGUGCUAUUGCACGGCAUUGUUCUCACAGCACAACAAUAUCGAAAGAUGGGGCCAGGCACUAAAGACGAGAUUGCUGCGGUUACAGCAGGAAAAGAGGAGAUCACGACUUCUCUUGCGAUGUGGUACGAUACGUAUCUGAGUACACUUCCCUCGGUUGACAAACUAGCCUUAGCUGCUGGGAGGAAGCCAGAUGAACUGUGGGCGUUCGGCGGGAAGACGCCGCCAGCAAAGCUUCCAACGUGCCGCGAACCAUCAGUCCUCAAAUUGCUACUCAUGUAUCAUGCCAUGGCGCGCAUAAUGUGCGGCUGUCUGCAAGUGCACUCUCAGCAGCACUACGAAGCGUAUACGCCAACGUUUCUCACGAUACUUGUGCAUGCCAUACACAUCUUCGAAGAGUACACCUUAGCGAAAUCUAUACCCGAUAACGUCAACCUCCACGAUUCGAUUGGCGAAUACGGCUUUAUCGCGCCUUUAUAUUACACGGCUAUCAAGUGUCGAUACCAUCGCAUCCGCCUCCAUGCUAUUCGGCUCCUGCGGGUGAUCCCGCUGAAGGAAGGAACGUGGGAUUCUUUCACGGCAGCUAAUAUCGCGGAGACAGUUAUGGAGCUUGAAGAACAGGAUGCUUGCUAUGGGGAUAACGCUGGAGACGGCUUCUCUCUCUCAGAAAUACCCAAUUUGGAAGAUCCGUAUAGCUGGUCUUUGAUGCCGGAGCAUAACAUGUUCCAAGAUGUGGAAGCAACGACAAGAGGAGACCUCACGAACGAAGUCGUCGUCACAUGCAGAAGACGGCGACUCGACGGUAGCCCGGAAGUCAUUACGUUUCACGCCAAUCCCAAAGACAGGCACAAGACUGACAAAGAAAGACAUUCUUAUACCUGA